AUGGACUACCUCCCCGUCCGCCCCCUCCCGGCCGCACCCCGCCAGCAGAACACGACCAACCCGCAUUCACGCCACUUUCACCAGUUCCGCCACCCCUUGUUCAUCAAGCACCCAGCUGCCAUCACCCACAUCCACUUUUGUCCCACAAAACCCCAUCGAUAUGCCGUCUCUUCCUCGACAAGAGUGCUCGUAUAUGCGCCAAAGACAGGCAAGGUCAUAAAAACCAUCUCGCGGUUCAAGGAUACGGCGAGAGGGGGCGAGUUUAGGAAGGACGGAAAGUUGGUGGUAGCCGGAGGAGACGAUGGUGUUGUGCAAGUGUUCGAUGUCAACAGUCGAGCUGUGCUGAGAACGAUGAAGGAGCACAACCAACCCGUGCGAGUGACCCACUUUUCUCCCCAUCUCCCCCAACUGUUGUCUGCCUCAGACGACACGACAGUCAAGCUCUGGGACCUCUCUACCCAGGAAUGCCUUACAACGCUCUCAUCCCACACCGACUACGUUCGAUCCGCUGUAUUUUCCCCCACCGAUCCUUCUCUCAUCCUCUCGGGCUCCUACGACAGCACUAUUCGUCUACACGAUGUGCGUCUGCCGGCUGACGAGGCGAACGUCAUCACGAUGCGACAUGGCGGGGCGCCAGUCGAGGACGUCUUGGCUUUUCCUAGUGGAGGUGUGGCUCUGAGUGUGGGCGGACCGAUAUUGAGAGUGUGGGAUCUGGCCAUGGCCGGUAAAUGCGUUCGUGCGCUGUCAAACCACCAAAAGACUGUGACUAGCGUCGCCUUUGACGGCACCAAAGGCCGAGUCUUGACAGGUGGUCUUGACAAUAUGGUCAAGGUGUACGAUGUCGAAGAUUGGAAGGUGGUUCAUACCAUGCGCUACCCCGCGCCUAUCCUGUCACUGGCCGUGUCCCCCGACGACACCCACAUUGCCGCGGGUAUGACUGACGGUACCCUUUCCGUACGUCGGCGCGACCCCAAAGCUUCCGAGCUCUCCACCGAGACCGUUCAGAACACAGCGAUCAAGAAUGGAGCGUACGAGUAUUUCGCGGAUAUGGAGGGGAUCUUUGGAUUGGGACACAUCAAGAAGAAGGGGAAGGAUAUGGGCCCGGUGGUUGGUCCGGCGGAUGAGUUUAGGGUGGAAAGUAAGAGGCAGAAGAGGCUGAGAGACUUUGACAAGCACUUGAAAAACUUCAAGUACGGUGCUGCUCUCGAUGCCGCUCUCAACAAAAAUUCCAAACCCACAACGACAUUCGCCCUAAUCUCCGAGCUCAUCCAGCGCGACGCUCUCCGGAUAUCCCUCGCUGGACGGGACGAUGUCACCCUCGAGCCCUUGCUCAACUUUUUGGCGCGUAAUAUCACAGACCCGAGGUUUGGCGAGUUGGCGGCAGAGGUCGCAGGCGUCAUCAUCGAUAUCUACACACCGCUUCUGGGACGGUCGCCGGUGUUGGACGAGAUGCUUUCAAAGAUCCAAGCGCGUGUCGAGAGAGAGUUGAAGUUCCAGGGGGAGCUGAUGAAGCUGAGGGGCGCAUUGGAUAUGACGCUUGCGCAGAGUGUCAUGGGGCGGGUUGCUGGAGAGGCUUAG